AUGGAAACACAAGAACAGCAAAAACCACAGACCGUAUCGGUCACCAAUCCAUAUUUAUUACGUUUAAAGUGUUUUCUCUGUCAAGCACCUAAUACAAAUGUUAAUGAUGAAAAUAAUAAUUUAAAAAAAGAUAAUAAUACAAAUGAAAAAUCAUUUAAUCCUAUUUCAAAGCUUCCGUUGUACACAUGUCCGGAUUGUGAAGCUAAAAUUCGAUUAGAAGAAAAAGAAACUGCAAGUACUUCAACUGUAACUUCUCAAGAAUUAGAAGGAGAAUCUGAUCGAAUGAUAAUUGUACCGGAUACAAGUUCUGACGAUGAUUAUUGGUGUCAAUCAUGUACUGAUGAUGAACAUGAUUCAAAUAAUCGUCAAUUAUGGGAUGAUCUUUCUCAUAUUAUUAAAUGUGUUUAUCGUGCAACAGAUAAAGAUUUUUCUGAGAAUCAUUUUUCUGAUGAUAUUUGUAAAGCAAAAGAAUAUGUGAAAAAAUUAUCAGACAUAAAUUCUCAAUCUUUAUUUAAUAAACUUGAAUCAAUUGUACUUGAAUAUGUUCGUGAAAUACGAAAUCAAGUAUUACAACGUUUUCAUACAUGUUCGAAAACUUCUCAUGAUGUACAAUUAUUUAUUUCAUUUCUUUUGGAUGAAUAUAAUAUGUUUAUACAAGCAGCAAAUAAUGUUUCAACAAUUGUUUCUUAUUUAGAAGAACAUUAUAUGAAAUCGUUUAAUUUAACAUGGUUAUUAUAUAAUAAACAUUUGUAUGAAAAAUUAAUUUAUAUGGAUAGAAAAAUUCAACAUUCAAUGUCAACAAUGAUUGAUUUAUUACAACCAUCGAAUGAACUUGAUAAUGAUUAUCCACCAGCUGAAUAUACACAAUUAUUAAAUCGAUUUUUAGCAUUCGAUGAAGAAAUGUCCGAGAUUGCAUGUUUAUAUAAAGAUUUUCAAGCUAAAACAAAAUCACCAUCAUUAGAUAUUCGAAUUUGUAAUGGUUAUCAAACGGAAAAUAAUACAAAAAUAAAAAAUAAGAAAAAAUGUAAAAAAAUUAAAAAAUCAAAACAAUUACAAACAUCAACAGAAGAUAAUACUAAUAGUUCGUCGACAACAGCUGUCGACAUUCCAACAUCAAAUGUUACAUUAUCAGCACCUGUUCCUCCUGAACAAGGUUCAAAUGGUUCAUCGAUUGGUUCAGGUAUUGGUGGUGAUGAAUCAUCAUCAGUAUCAUCUGUUGAUGAUUAUUUACUCGAUAAUGAAACAUCAUCAUCAGGUUAUACUCAAGAAGAACAAGAAGAUUUUGAUCCUUUAUUUACUGAAGAAGAUUUAAAUGAAUUAUUAUUAGAAGGUUUAUUAGAUGGUAUUUCUCCUUUAGCUAAAAUGCAUCAUGAAAUUAUGCAAUCAAGAUUAAAUGAAAAACAAACGGAUUCAUCAUCAACAACAACAACAUCAACAAUUGAUAAUGAUAAAUGGAUUAAAGGAAUUAUUCAAGGAAUUAAAUCAGCACAUGAACAAGAACAAAAAGCAACUUCUAAUGAUGUUAAUACGAAUGUUCGUUGUACAACUACAAAAGAAGUAACAAAUGUUCCAACAUCUUCUGAAUCAUCAAAAAAAUCUUCGUCAACAAAAUCUAAAUCUCAUAAAUCAUCUCAUCGUCGUAAAGAAACUACAACAACAACAACUCAAGCAACAACAACAACAACAUCAACAUCUCAAAUACCAAAAAAAUCUAUUGCCGCUGAUUUAAUUCUACCACGUUCAAUUGCUGAUCUUUCAGCUAAAAUUCAAUCCGUUUCAUUUACAGCUGGUACAUUUGGUUCGAUAACAUCGGAAAAUCCAACUAAAUGUUAUGAUUUAUCUUCAUCAUCAAAUUGUUCAACAACAACAUUAACAGCAGCUAAAACAACAACAUCAACAGGUCAAACACGUUUAAGUAUUAAUUUAACACGUAAACCAGGUGCAAAAACAACUGAACAUGGUGGUCAAAAAAUAGCUGAAGCACUUUUUAAUGAAUUAACAGGUUUUGGUACAAAUGAAUGUUUAAAUAGUGGAAGAAAAAAAGAUAAUCAACAAUUUAAAAAAAGUAAACAACAACGUUCAACAAUCAAUGAAACAUUAUUAAAUUCAACAAAUAAUACUCAUUCAUUUUUUAAUUCAACAAAUAAAUCUGAUUUAAAUGCAUCAUCAUCAUCAUCAUCAACUGCUUCAAAUAAUUUAGAUUAUCUUCUUCGUAAUGCUGCAUCAAAUACUGAUGUAUCUGAAGCUGCGUUACAUUCAAUAUUAUCAUCAUUUCAUUCUCAAACAUGUCUUGAUCCAUCAAUAUCAACAACAACAACAACAUCAUCGUCAUCAUCAAAAUAUUCUAUAUCAUCAAAAACAAGUGAAGCAUUACAAACAUUACUUGCUCAACAACAUCAUCAUCAUCACCAUCAUCAUCAUCAACAACAGCAGCAAAAACGAAAUUUAUCUAAUAAUAAUACUAGCAAUAAUACUAAUACUAAUAAACAUUGUGAAUUUUGUUGUUGUGAAUUUUCUGAAGGACGAACUUGUUCAACAUCAUCAACAUGUCUUCAUUUAUCAUCAACAUCAAAUACGCUCAAUGGACCCAUUACUAGUUGUGUUACAUGUAUGGCUUUACCAGGUACAACAACAACAACAUCAGUUAUAGGUGCAACAAUAACAGGUGGUUGUAAUCAACGUGAUGUUCAAGUAAAAGAACGUUUACAACUUAAAUUAAAUAAAAGAAAUGUACAAAAUCUAAAUGAACAACAAACAUUAGCAAAAGAUCAACAAAAGAAAACGACGACGACGACAACAACAGCAGCAGCAACAACGAAUAAAAAACAACCGAUACAAAAUAAUACAAAAUCAAAAGAAUGUUUUCUUACUGAUAAAAAUGAUAUUGAUGAUUUAGUUCGAUUUAUUGAUGGAAAUGAAACAAUAUCAUCGAAUAAUAAUGAACAUCAAACAUCAUCAUCAUCAUCAUCAUCAACAACAACAAUAACAAAUGAAUCAACUUCAAAAAAAAAUAAGAAGAAAAAAGAUAAACAAUCAAAAGUAAAUCACACUGAAGAAAUAAAAACAAAUUCUUCUCAAUCUAAAGAACAACAACAACAACAAACAAAUCAGAAAAAACAAAAUCGAUCUAAUAUUACUCAACAAACAACAACUUCUCAACAACCAUCUCGUAGUACUUCAUCAUCAUCAACAUCUACGAAAGUAACAUCUGGUAUAUCAUCAACUCCUCCUGUCAAUGAUGAAACUCAACAACCUUUAUCAAAACGUAAACAAAAAGCAAAAUUAAAACUUGAACAACAACAAAAACAAGCAACAAAUAAUAUGGAAUCAUCAUCACCAGUUAAUUCAAAUACAACUGUUACAACUAUAACUCCUACACCGGCAUCUACUGUUCCUGUUACAGUACUUCCGGGUCCUUCUUCUUCUUCUGCUUCUUCGUCUUCUUCUCAGGGAAUUAAUUCAGCUCGUACUAGUGUGGAUCUUCCGUCUGAAAGUUUUGAUACAACAGAAGAGGAAGUCAAUUGGAUAACUAUUUCACGUAAACAAAGUAAACAUAAGCCAUCACCAGUAUCUGUACCAUCUUUACUUGCUACACCUAUUCUACCUGUUAUGCCACCAACAAAUACUAAACGACAACAACAACAACAAACGAUGACUAAUACUAAGAAAGUAGCAACAACAACUAAUGGUUCAUCUCUUGCUCAACAAAAAGUGAUACCGACAGCCGCCGUAGCUACAUCACCUGUUCCCCCAGAAACUACGCUAAUUACUAAUAAACAACAGCAAACUACUAUAGCUCCAUCUCGUCUUCAGAAUGUUAUGAAAAAUCAUACUGUAGUACAUCAACCACAGAAAGUUGAACCACCAUUGGAAUCACAACCAACAAGCCAACCACCAUUAAAUCUUUGGACAAAUAAUAAUAUUCAUGAUCAUACUUUAGCAGCAUCAUCAACUCUUCUACCUACAACAUCAUCUUUUAUCCCAUCACAUUUAAUGCCAUCUCCUUCUCUUGUAGCACCAAUUCCUAUCGGUGGUACAUCUAAUAUUACACCAUCUUCUUCAAUGUUAUCCGAAGGUUUAUCGUCUUCUCUCUAUUGGGAUCCUAAUGGUUAUCUUUUACCAUCAUCAUCUCAAUCGACUAUAGCAGGUCCUGUACAACGACCAAGUCCAUCGUUUUCACCGGCACCUGGCGCUGUUAAUAAUACAACAUCUCGUUGUAUUCAACGACCUUCACCGGAGCCACGUUCGUGUUCAGCAAAUAAUGUUCCUUUUCCACUCUAUUCUCCAAUGAAUUAUGCUGCGGGUAGUUCAACUUCAACAUGGAAUGAUACACCUAUAACAAAUACACAUGAAUCACAAUGGAACUAUCCUCAGGAACAACAACAACAAAUUGGAUCAUCGAUAACUUCAACUGAUUUUCCUCUGUAUGAUCCAUUUCAUAGUGGUGCUGUACUAAAUAUUCCAUCAACAACACAAUCAACGCUAUUGUCAAAUGGUUUUUCAGAACAUUUUACUGAUCUGUGUACUUUUCCACAAAAUAAUGAUAUUAAUGAAAUGGAUGCACUUGAUAAAGAAAUUGAAGAUUUUAAAAAAUUCUGUUUCGAAACUGUCCCGUUGGAAACACGUGAAAAGGUGCAAGUCAAUGUUGAUCGCUGCUUUGUUCGUCAAGCAUGA